UAGCCAUUAAAUAAACAAAUUAAUUAGAAAGAUUAGGCACAAAAUUAAAAAUGCUUACAAAGUACUAGUACAAUUUAGAUCUUCCUUGAGAAGAUGGCGGCAAAAGCGAGCGUAAGAGAGAGGGGGAAGUAAGUGACGACGACGACGCAUUUUUGUCCGCGUAGGCGCCAGCUGUAUGGCCACGGAUUCUCUCUCUGUGUUACACAUUGGACCAACCCCCGGUCCCACACCCUCCACUUAUUACACACAGUCACACAGUCACACACACACACACAGCUAUCCUACUCCGCAUCACACCGGACCACACCCCACCUUUCCUCUCGUCAGACAGACAAGAGAAGAAAGCAAAAAAGAAACAUCUUUUCUUUCUCUUCUUCAAAUCCUUGUUCAGCACAUUUGCAAUUUCACACUCCACGCCUCACUGCCAAGUGCCCCUCCUUCUUUCUCUCUCUCAUUUCUUGAAUAAAUUAGGAAAAAUCCCCCAAAUUCUUCUAUUAUUCAAAUGAAUAAAUCAGAGCAAAUUUGUUUCGGUGUUACUGUUAUUCUUUGCAAUAACCCUGGAAAAUGUGAGACAGGGGAAUGAAUGAAUGAAUGAAUAGAAAUACCCAAAGAAUAUAAAAUAUAUUCAUUCCUUCUCGGAAUUGUGUUGUUUGUAAACCCACAUCGACCCGGCCCACUAAUUUUUCUUUUUUAUACUUGUUUGUUUUGUACAGUUUCUUUGAAAUUUUUAGAAAAGAAAUUUUGGUGGGUUUUUGUUGGGAUUCUUGGAAGUGAAAUGGCGAAGAGUGAGGUGUUUAAUGAUCCCGUGGCGGCAAAAGUAAUGGAGCUGAAGAAGGAGUUACAGAAGCUUGUGAAGGCAAUUGCGGUGGAUGAUUCUGAUGAUUUUAGUGUGGAAGCGCUAGAUAAGGCCCACCGGGUGCUUUGUCUUCUCAGAGAUUCAAAGAUUAAGCGAUCCCUCUCUCUUAAACUCAACGAGUCGCCGGCCACCGUGCCGGAGGAGUUUCGAUGCCCACUUUCUAAACAACUUAUGAGAGAUCCUGUUAUUAUCGCAAGUGGCCAGACCUAUGAUCGGCCCUUCAUUCAGAAAUGGUUGAAAGCUGGAAAUAGGACUUGUCCAAGAACGCAACAAGUACUUUCGCAUACUCUUCUCACGCCUAAUCACCUGAUCAGGGAGAUGAUAUCUCAGUGGUGCAAGAAUAAUGGGAUAGAAAUGCCAGACCCUAUCCAGGUUUCCGAGGAUGAUGCUAUAACUGAAGCUGAUAGGGAACGGUUCAUUAGUUUACUUUCCAAGAUGUCUUCUUCAAUAUCUGAUCAAAAGGACUCUGCUCGUGAGCUUCGAAUGCUUACGAAAAGGAUGCCUUCCUUUAGGGCUCUAUUUGGUGAAACAACUGAAGCAAUACCUAAGUUGAUCUCUCCUCUGUCUCCGGACAAGUUCAAAGAAGGAACAAAUGCUGAGCUCCAAGAGGACAUUGUCACAGCCCUCUUGAAUCUUUCCAUUCAUGACAACAAUAAGAAGUUAGUCGCAGAAACGCCAACUGUUAUUCCCAUUCUGAUGGGUGCAUUGAAAUCAGGAACUAUACAAACAAGGAGCAAUGCAGCUGCUGCCCUUUUCACUCUAUCAGCUCUCGAUUCCAAUAAAUCACUCUUAGGGAAAUGGGGUGCUCUAAAACCGCUUAUUGACCUUUUAGACCAGGGGCAUGAGUUAGCAAUGAAAGAUGCUGCAUCUGCAAUUUUCAAUUUGUGCAUCACUCAGGAGAAUAAGGUAAUAGCUGUCAGAGAUGGCAUUGUGAAAGUGAUCCUGAAAAAGAUCACAGACAGAAUGCUUGUGGAUGAAUUAGUUACCAUUCUUGCAAUGUUUUCAAACCAUCCAAAGGCUGUGGAGGAAAUGAUAGAGUUUGAAGCAGUUCCAUGUUUAUUCAGUAUAAUCAGGGAUACAUCUUCGGAGCGGACCAAGGAGAACUGCAUUGUCAUUCUUCAUACCAUUUGUGUCAGUGACCGGACACAACGCAAGGAGAUGAGAGAAGAGGAGUUGACUUACGGCACAAUUUCUCAUCUUGGUCAGCAUGGCACUGCAAGAGCCAAAAGGAAGGCCAAUGCCAUUCUGGACAGAUUGAAUAAGGCCAUCAAUUUCACGCACACAGCAUGAUCAUCAUCAUCAGGCAUUCCAAGUCCCAGCAGAAAUUUUGUAAAUUCUACAUCUUUUUUACCUGCUAAACUUGUCAAAAGUUCAUAUUGUGUAUAUUCUGUGACGUCUCCAAGGUUUUGAUCUCAGCCUUUUUAAGGGUUGCCCUUAUUAGUAUAGUCAUUGUGAAUAUUCAGGAACAGAGAGCUUUUCCUUUUAAAGAUUCCCUCUUUUACCAUUUCUCAAAUAAUCAAUGCACAUGUCUUUGUUUAGUACAGUGUACACUUCUUCCUUUGGAACUAUUAAAGAAAGGUCCCAUCUUUUGCUUGCGAGCUGGCAAAAUGUCUUUCUGAACCCCUUAUUGUACAAGUUUUUGACUUUGUUGAUUGCCUAAUUAUGCACAUGGUGAUAUUCUACGCCCUGUUUGGUUGAUUCGGACCACCAAAUGGUGAGUUUUUUGGCUUUGUGUGCUGCCAGAAAACUAUGUAUAUUCGGUUCCCCACGGGGCGAGGAAGUGAAAAAAAUUUAUCUAGUAGAGUGUACUGCAGAGAGAGAGAAUAUAUUCCAACUUAUUCGCUGCUGGUGGCGACGUUCUCGGACACUUGUUCUUGUAGUUCUCAUGCUAGCUGGUAAGAUUUUGUUUUUUCUUAAAAAAAUUAUAUUGUCGUAUUAUUUUUUCUAUCUUGUACAUUCACUUUAAUGUAUUAUCUUGUACUACUAUAAAAUAAUACAAGGAAAACUCACUAGGAAUGAUAACAUUUAUCUUUAAAAUUUUCCAUCUAAGGCAUACUCAUUUAAGAUUAUGACAGUUAAUAUUUUUGACAUAUCAUUACUUAUAGUUUUCGUUGUAAUUUUUUUCUCUGUAUGUAUCAUUACUCUAAAAU